UGUGUUUUAUUCAACGACAAUACUUUUCCAUUUCUAACACAUUUCCACAUUAGAUUAUAAAAGAUCAUACAAUAAACUAAAAAUUACAAUAAACUAAAAUUACCGCCUUCAUUUAUUUACUGUGCUUAAUUACUACGGAAAAAUCUUUUGUCACCGACACCGUUAACAAUGUAUUACCUACCACUAUUACUUGUGCAGGUCACACCAUUUUAGAGCUAUGGUUUGAAAUCAGAAUCAAUGCCUUAGGCCAACAACGACAAAGUAAACAAAAUUGAAAAUUUGCCCUUUUCUAUACUGAAAACAGAAUAUCCUCUUUUUUUUUUUUUUUGUGACCUUUCAAAUUUUAGUUUAAACACACUUUUGGUACGAGGACUUUGUCUGUGAAGACUAGUAGAGAGAAGACAAAAGCCCUCUCUGUGAAGAAGCACAAUCAUGGCUUCCCACAAACUUUUGUUAAGAGAGAAAAACGUGAAACCCACCUGCUGCCAAAUAUCCAAAUUCAUGGCUACAAAAGAGAACCCACCUGAGGCGCAAAGCAACACAUUCUCUCUUUGCUUUCGUUUUAAUAGCACGAGAUGAGAGCCACAGCAUCACUAGUUACAUUUAAUCAGACGAUUAUGCGGCGUUGUAAAAAUCUCCUGAUAAGAAUCACCAGGAGCUGUCCCAGACGACAUUACCGGCAUUUGAAACUUCAGAAAGCGUCUUCUUCCUCUUCAUCAUCAUCAUCUGGGAAGCAAGGCACCAAAGUGUUGGCUUCGUUCUUCCUCUCCUUCCAAAAGAAGAAGCAAAAGAAGGAGAAGAUGAAGCGGCUUAACGAACUCAGGAGUUUCUCGGAUGCCGUCAGUGAAAGGAAGGCGUCAAAUCCUGAAUCAAGAAAGAAGGUAUUCCCAUCUUCUUGGCUUUGUCAAGGUAAGGCUCAUUCACAAGAAGUCUCACAAGGUCAUGAUCCACCUAGAGACAGCACCAGCGCAUUCCUUCCAUGACUCAUAUGCCAAAACAACGCUUACAUGGAUCAUAUGUAUUGCUUUCAAUUUGAUUACAUGGAUGUUGUAGGAUCUCUAACUGUCAUAGUUUUUUACACUAAGACCCUAAGACCCUAAUCUGACUCUUUCAGGAUGUAUGAUGAAUGCAAAGUAAAUUCUUUGUAGUGCAGAAUCUUAAUAAGAUUGAUAUGUAUGAUUCAAUAAAUCUAUCGAAAAAACUUUGAAUUAGAAUCAUAAAUAAUUAUAGUUGAAGAAUCCAAAUAAUUUC